UUUGUUCAAUACUCAAACUAAUCAAACAUUUCCACUUUGCUGUUUUUAUUGAAGAAAUGUAUACAUAUAUUGCAUACUUGUAUCAACUUCAGUGAAAAUUUGGCUAUCCUUGCCCAAGCGAGGCAGCGAGGUGCAGUCCACGACAGUGGAGCCUACAAUAAUAGAAGUGCAAGGGCAUGUGGAGCAAUAAGAUAAACGUGACACUUCCGUCAACUUUCAUCAGUUCAACCUCCAUCCACAAUCAUACUUCUUCAAUAUUGGAAUGGAGCAUUAAGCUUUACAUUCCUUUUCUUUCCAGUUACACUGUGGGUUCCUCUUUUAAGGAAGCUCUCAGUAUUGCCGAGGCACCUUUAUUUCUCUACACAUGGCUGGCAAGGACACUGCUGACCAUUAUGCUUCCGAUUCGAAUCGUCAAGAAGCAGUCGAGCGUUCUCUUUCUAAAACACAAAUAAACACAACAGAACGAUGGUCAGAUCAAAAGCUCCAGGCCCCUGCGCGAUCAUUGGCCGAGUUUCGCGAACGCGAAGGCAGGACUUAUCGGAAAGAACGUCUUCAUGCGUUGUGGCAGCAGAUAUGCAACACUGGCCAUCUCCAUCCUGUGCAUAGAAGUACUGCGCCUAACUCCGGUAUCACAGCGGAUAAAGUUGAACAGUUGAGAGCAGCAUAUGAGGCUGAGCUAUUUGGGAGUUGUGGGUCCCAAUCUUCAAAGAAGCAAAUAGGAUGGACAGAAUUCAAAUCCUAUGCGUUGGCUAAGGAAGUCGAGCUUUGGAAUAUUUUUCACAACGAACUCGAUAUCAACCGUAAUGGUCGUUUGGAGAUCGGAGAGCUUGACACAGCUCUGCGGAAGUCAAAUAUUGUGCUUUCGCCUGCAACACUGAAUGAAUUCAUGGCAUCUCUCACCACAAAUCCUCAACCACACGCAAUAACAUUCAGUGAAUUUCGGGAUUUCUUCCUUCUCCUUCCCCGGAAGAUUUCACCAGAAGAAAUAUACCGAUAUUAUCAAUUCGCGAAGUUUCUUGGAGAUGAUGGACGAGGAGCUGCUCGUGUCACUAUGGAAGGUGAUGUCAGUCUCAGUGCUGAAGAUAAACCUCCUGUACCUCCAUUGCGACCUCUCAAUGUUGAUCAAUCCCCACCUGUUCCUGCCCCUUACGACGGUGAAGAAGAAGACGAGCUCGAUCCUGAACACGACCCAGCUGUCAUACAUCACGCGGCACUGAGAUUCCUUUUAGCUGGAGGUAUUGCGGGCGCAGUCUCAAGGACCUGUACUGCACCGUUCGAUCGCUUAAAGAUCUUUCUCAUUACGCGUCCACAAGAUCUUGGUGUUUCCUCUCUAUCUUCGGUUCCGACUGUCAAUGGUGUGAAAGCGAUUGGAAAUGCUAUUACGCGUAUCUAUGCUGAAGGAGGGUUGCGAGCAUUCUGGACAGGGAACGGUCUAUCCGUCGCAAAAAUCUUUCCUGAAUCAGCAAUCAAGUUUUUCACAUAUGAGUCCUCGAAACGUGCUUUCGCUAAAUAUUGGGAUCAUGUCGAUGAUCCCCGAGAGAUUAGCGGUGUCAGUCGAUUCCUGUCUGGAGGGCUAGGAGGCAUUAGCAGUCAACUCAGCAUAUACCCAAUAGAGACGCUGAAGACCCAAAUGAUGAGCAGUACCGGUCAGCAGAAGCGCACACUGAUACAAGCUGCUAAGCACGUUUGGACACUUGGAGGUUUCCGAGCAUACUACCGCGGUUUAUCGAUAGGGUUGAUCGGGGUGUUCCCGUAUUCAGCCAUAGACAUGUCCACGUUCGAGGCGCUCAAGCUGGCUUAUCUUCGAUCAACCGGAAAAGAAGAACCAGGCGUUCUGGCGGUGCUCGCCUUUGGAAGUGUAUCUGGUAGCGUCGGUGCUACCUCCGUGUAUCCCAUGAACUUGGUACGCACGAGAAUGCAAGCUUCUGGAAGCCCCGGUCAUCCUCAGACCUAUUCGGGUCCGUUGGAUGUGGCCACAAAAACCUGGGAGCGGGAGGGCUGGAGAGGAUUCUAUAGAGGCCUUCUGCCGACCUUAGCCAAGGUGGUUCCUGCAGUAUCUAUAUCUUAUGUAGUAUAUGAACACAGUAAACGAAGGCUCGGGGUUUGAACGACCAGCAUUAGUUUUUUCGUCUCUAUUUCUAUCCGCUUUCUAGAUUUUUGCUUUCAGUCUCUACCAUACGCAGUGUAAAGGAAUGUUAUUCGGCACGCACAUCUGUCUGUAUCUACCAUAUACCGUAAUAUAGCUAGUACUCACCAUGCGGGAGUCGGUUGGAGCAACUCACCGUAACCCCAGAAUUCGUUGGUACGCGGCGAGUGCAACCAGACUGCCACCCAAGGGACGCUGGACUAGGACAUAGUAAGUUUGUGAGCACAGUAUCUACCGAUAUCUACCUCCCUCUGACUUCCCCAUGGAUACAGGUAUUGGACAGUGUUUGC